UAACGGGGCAGCUCCUCUGGACCCGCCCAGAGAACUGGACUGAGGAGUCAGUUACUUUCGGUUUGUAUGGGAUCGUUACGGCUGCAGCAGCGCUGGAUGGAGGAGUUUAGCUCAGUAUGUCAGUUUCAGGGCAGCGCAGCUUUCUGCGAAGUAAGCCAAACUUCUUUCUAAAGACUCUCCUGGUGCUUCUCAUCCUGUUAAUCAUCUUCAUCAUUUUCUACUUAGAAAAAAGUCUGAUUAUUAUUAAGCCUCAUAUAGUUUAUCCCGGUAGGAAAGGAACACAACAACCAGCUACUGAAAAGCAGCCUGGUUUUUCUCUUGGAACUACACAUCCUACACCAAGUUCUACACCAAGUUCUACACCAAGUUCUACACCAAGUGCUACACAAAGUGCUACAACAAGUGCUAAACCACACUUGGCAUGUGGCGUGCCGGUGCAGAGUGGACCCAUGAUUAAAGUUGCUCACCACAAAGCGUAUGUGAUCGGUUCCUAUGUGGAGCACCGUUUAGACAGUAAAAUGAUACGAACAGUCUCUAUAGUGUUUCGUAGUGAGCAAGUGCAAUACUACUGCUUAUUAUGUUGCGACGGAAGGAACAUUUCUGCAGCUGCCAGCCUCGACAUUCACUCUGACCACUUUGACUAUGACUAUGGCACAGCGGAUAUUAUUUGUCAGGUCCCCAUAACAUGCACAACACCAACGUACGUGGCUAUUACUUCCCGAACGCACGAAGGGGGUGGAUCUCUAUGGAAUAUACAAUCCUUUCAACCUGUUGGGAAUCAACAGCCCAGGACAGAAAACUUCCCUUAUGAUUUUACAGUAUGUAUAUCUGUAAUGUAUGAUUACACGAAUGUGUUGGGGCUUGUGCAGACCAUGGAGAUGUUCAAGCUGCUUGGUGUUCAGAAGGUAGCCAUUUACAAGACCAGUUGUUACCCAGAAACGCAGAAGGUUCUGGACUACUAUGUAAGGCAGGGCUUUGUGGACAUCAUCCCAUGGAAUAUGUCACGCUACAUCAAGGUGGCCAGAGGAUGGAAGAAGUCCAUUUCACCAGGGGAUCUGGAAUUCUUUGGGCAAAUUGUGGCUCUCAAUGACUGUGUGUAUCGCUACAUGUAUGAGAGUCACUAUGUAGCUCUACAAGAUUUGGAUGAAUUAAUUCUUCCUUUGAAACAAGAUAACUGGACGGCACUCAUUCCUCAGCUGGAGAUGAUGUACCAACAUCAUGCAGGAUUUGAGUUUGAGAAUAACAUAUUUCCCUUUUCCCUUUCCAGUAAUCAGAGACCUGAGAAUACACCAGCUUUAUGGAAGCAGGUUGAGGGAGAAAACAUCUUACCGCAUGUAUACAGGAUACCCGUUGACCCAAAGGUGUUCAACAAUUUCAAAGUCAUCGCAAAUCCUCGGUUAGUGUUUAAAGCUACAGUGCAUGGCCUUUUGGAUUCCAUGAGUGCUACUGUCAGGGUGGACUCCAAAAUCGCCCGCAUGUACCACAUUAAAAAUUAUCCAAGCCAGUACUUUUCACAAAACUCCGUUAUAAGGGAUACACGUCUGUGGGACUAUUCAGAUAAGCUGAUUCCUGCUGUAUCUGAAGUACUUAGACAAGCACGGAAUAUUCACUGAAAUCAACUGUAUAAUGAAGUCACACUUUAUCAAACACUACUCAGCACUGCUUAUGAUUCAAUCAUAGUGCAGGUGUACGAAAAUGUAGCAUAAGGAGUCCAGCGUGAGAAGAUUAAGUGGUGUCACAUGGUGUGCUUGCCAGUCAGUGCUGCCCAUUCUACUGUGUGAAGGAUGUUGGUAUUUCCA